AUGUGCGGCGCGGUGGCGGCGCUGGCGCUGGGGAUAGCCCUGUGGACGCGCGGAGCGGCCGGCGGGUGCGGCGUAGCGGAAUUGGCCUGCCGAUCAGGUGGAGGGAACACAUGCGUGAGGCCAGACGCCUACUGCGAUGGCGAAGCUCAGUGUCUCGACGGUAGCGACGAACCGCCCCAGUGCACGCCGUGUAACCGCACGUACUACGGGCGCGUGGGCGUCGCGUACGCAGUUGCCCUGCGAGGCGUGCCCCGUGCGCCCUUCCUUUGCCAUCUCACGUUCACUGCUGGCGGUGGCGCUCAUGGUGAUCUCGUGCAACUGGCGUUUGAUGAGUUCCGAGUGGGACGUUACGAAGCGGGAGCGCUGGAUGGCUGUCCAGAUGGAUAUAUGCAAGUGGCCGAGCUUGGGCGACCUUUCACAGGCGGCUCGUGGUGCGGGGUGGCUGAUGGCGUGGCGUUGUAUUACAGCGAGACUGCGACGGUGACGGUGUCGUUAAGGCUAGCUCGACUUCGGCUAGGCGAACCGUUCGCGCUACGACUACGGUACAAGGUAUUGGCGGCGCGCACGGCGAUCGUACGACUGGGUGCAAGGGAAAGGCCCCUGGAGCGUGGCGCGGCAGCACCCGGUUCGUACUGUACGCGCUCUUUUGAGGAAUGCCAUCGCAAACCGUGUCGCCUACAGAGCCCUAACUUCCCGGGCAUGUAUCCGCGUAAUGUAUCCUGCUACUGGACUCUGCGGCAGAAAGACAUCCCCACCUGCAAACAUGCUAUGAUCUCCGUGAGGCAGGACCAUGCGCACAAAAUGCAGAUCAAGCGCUCCAUAUCCAUGGCGAGAAAUGACUUUCAUUGGAAACAGGAAUUAAAAGUUUUUAUUGAUAUGUUAAGCUUGAACAAGACCGGGCGCGCUGUUCUGGCAUGGCGUGCCUGUACUGGUGAACGAGAUCGCCUCAUCUUCUACGAUGGCGCCUCGACAGACGAUCCUGUCCUGCUUGAAUACUGUGGCGGUGACUUGUUGCCGCGUGUAGCUUCCCGGGGUCCAGAUAUGCUUGUAGCGUUUCAUUCUUCGCCCUUCAGUGCCCCUCCACGGGCUGCCGCACCCCUCGCUCCGUUGCAAGGCUUCGAACUUGACGUACACGUUAUAUUCGCUGAUUCCGAUUCACUCGAUUAUGCCAGGUAUGAAUUAGUUUCUCUACCAGUUCCACAGACACUUGGACAGUUAAUAAGCAGCUUUCAAUCCAACAGGGAAGCCCGUCGAUGCGAAUUCCACGUCAAAGCAUCAUCCUCAGAUGAGGAACUAAAUGUUACAGCACCGGGUAUAUCGACGCGUGGUCGUCGUGGUCGUAUUCAUGCGCCUACUCACACUCUUCCCCCCAAUACUACAUGCACGUGGACAUUUCACGGACGUCCUGGUGACCUUGUAUGGAUAUAUUUCUCAAGUUUUACGCAGUACUCAUUAGUGGAUAACAGGCGGGUGGAGAGUGGGGAAGAAGACAAAGUAGCAGAAGUGAGAGGACGUUUGAUUGCUGGUAGUCCGUGUGCGGUGGAGUUGCGAAUCUGGGAGGGAGGGGAAACGGGUGGGAACGGUGCGCUCCUAGGAAGAUAUUGUGAUUCACCACCGUCACUAUGCGCACGAGCCGCUCUCGCUAACGCGACGAGAGUACCACGCCCGUGCUCCCCACCAGACGGCUAUGUUUCCACAGCUUCACUUCUAUCGAUCGCGGCUACCACUUUACCAGGGACAGCCACGCACCCUCUAGCGUUUUCUCUACAUUACGAGUUUGUAGAUGCAAGGCUAGAAGGAACACCGCUACCGAUAUCAGAGACGCGGGUUCGAUCUGAACCACCGGAAUGUGCUCGAAGGAUAACCGUUCCUGGGUCAUUCACGUCGCCGCGUAAUGCAAUGUGGUUCGGACGAGGUGGUGCGAAACGAUUGCGGUGUGUAACCCGAGUUCAAGCAGAUGGCGCUCGCGUGGAGCUGAGUUUACUCUCGGCAGCGUUUGGACGAGACCCUCGCUGUGUCACGCGUCUGGAUUCGCUAACUGGCCGGCCGAGCUGUGUAAAUGAACACCUGGACCUGGAUUUACGUCCGACUGAUACGCCCCCGGACUUCGACGAUUGGGAUGAUGAGAUUCCAUCGUACGUGCCUCAUUUGCGUAUAUACGAAUCGCCAUGGCCUGGCUACCGGAUACCGGUGGCCUGUAUUUGCGACAAUAGCAGUGCGCCAAUGAGCAUUGUGUCCGGGGGACCUGCUCUGGAAUUGGAGCUAGUGGCAAGUGCGUUGGCUCCUGGAGAAGAUCAUAGGCACAUUCACUAUGUGGCUGAUUGGAGACGUCGUACCGGGCCUUCGGAUUGCGCGCAGCGUCGUCGUUUACCACCACCGGGUGGUCAUGUUCAUUUGAUCUACCCAUACAAUGCCAAUCGCAUGUCUGAAUGUGGAGAUGCCCCAUUUCUGCUGGUCGCGCGGGGCAACCGCUCCGUCUUCCUUCGUGUUUGGGGGGAGGAAAUCCCCCUCUUAAAUGGCAAUAACAACGAUAUUAACAAUUGCCGGACUUCAAACAGGAUUCUCGUCUACGACACUUAUUCAUCUAGGCUGGUGAAAGCGAUAUGUCCCGGUACUGCAGACAGUGGGGCAGUACAUAUUUACAGCGACGGUUGGGAUACACGAACCGCAGCCCGCGAGGCCAGUCUGCUGGUGAGAUGGGCGGCGCGUGAGAGCGGCGCCGCACACUUCGCCUGGAUGGAAGUGUGGCGUGCUGCACCAGCCGCCAACAAUGUGUCGGCAUGCGCUCGCGCAUGUAUCGCACUCGCCGCCUGCAUGCCACCAGCACUUUGGUGCGACGGUGCACCGGAUUGUCCAGGCGGUGCUGAUGAAGCCGGGGCUUGCGGUGCAGGAGCACGUCUGCUUGCUGCUUUAGGAGCACCAGCGGCGGCUGGAGCAGCUGGAGCGGCAGCCGCGGCUGCAGCUCUGGCUCUGCUAGCUGUGUUAGCGGUGAGACGGCGUCGGGCACGACGUGAUAAGCAAUUACUUGGUGCUAUAGCAACACGGUCUCGUCGACUCACAGACGAGUUGCUCUACGAUGGCGAACGCUCCUCGCUCGGCUCCUGA